GAACCGGAAGUACGUUCGAGCUUCGUUCCACAACAAAAAAUGGAAGUGUAACGUUAGAUGUUUGCUAUCGACAUUAGGAUUGUGGGUUUAAAAUAACCAAUUGUAACAUAGUAUAAUAUAGCUACAGCCUCAACAACAUGGGAGGUGGUGACCUUAACUUGAAAAAGAGUUGGCAUCCGCAAACUCUGAAGAACAUCGAGCGAGUGUGGAAAGCAGAGCAGAAACAUGAGGCUGAGAGGAAGAAGAUCGAGGAACUGCAAAAGGAGCUUAAAGAUGAGCGAGCCCGAGAAGAGAUGACCAGAUAUGCGCAAGAGACAGGCGCUGUAAAGAAGAAAGAUGACCGUCUGGACUGGAUGUACCAGGGUCCAGCGGGACAGAUCUCUCGGGAUGAAUACCUUAUGGGUCGCCCCAUUGAUAAGCAGAUCACCCAGCAGUUCGAGGAGCCUGAGAGCGGGCCAUCAGCUGAGACGGGCCUUCUGCCUGGCUCCAUAUUUAACCCCACAAGUUCUGCCUCUACUAAUGAUAUGGCUGCUAAGAUCAGAGAAGACCCUCUUUUUGAGAUCCGCAAACGGGAGGAAGAGAAGAAGAGAGGAGUUCUUACAAAUCCUGUUAAAAUGAAAGAAAUACAAAAGAUGUUGCGUCACAAUCUUGAGAAGGAGAAAAAGAAGAAACGGAAGAAGGACAAAAAGGAGAAAAGAGAGGAGAAAGAGAGGAGGAAGGAGAAAAAGCACAGGAAGAGGAGUUCAAGCUCUGAUGAGGAGGACCGGAAGCAUAGGUCCAAAGAAGAACGAUCAGAUCAUGUGACAACCUCUAAUGGACAUCAUAAAUCAGGCUAUGGGCUUCAAUUACCAGAAAGCAGAUCCCAUCACUCUUCAGCAUCUAACCACACAGAUCACCAUUUAAGAGACAGGAGUCGAUCCCCGUUUCCUCACAAAGCAGACAGGGACAAUCCUUCCUCUCGAGAGUCCGAGCGAAGACCUAAAACCAAAGCCCCCAGCCCACCGAGACACCGGGACCGCCAUCAAAGACCGCAGUACACCAAUUACAGCAAACGCCUCUCAUCUGAAGAGUUGGAGAAGAAGAGAAGGGAAAUGAUGGAUUUUGCCCGCGAAAGAGAAAUUGAAAGGGAAAAUAAUGUACAGAGAUACAAGCGACAAGAGGACCAGGAGAAAGCCAGAGACAGCGCCAAACUGGACCGUCACGCUGGCUUCAUUCAUGACAUGAAGCUAGAGAGUGCUGCCACGUCGUCUCUGGAGGACCGUGUGAAAAGAAACAUUCACUCCAUUCAGAGGACCCCUGCUGCUCUGGAGAAGAACUUCAUGAGGAGAUGAGGAGAACAUAACUUUUGUAUUUUACUGGUUUCAGAUUGUUUUAAAUUUGUCGUUUUUAUAGAAGCUCAUGCUUGUAAAUAAAAUGCAAAGAGCUUUGUACUUAACCAACAUUCUCCAGUCAUUAGCAUCAGUAGGCACAGGCACAGAGACACACAAGUUAGACAAUGAAACUGAAACACCUGGAUUUAGACCACAAUAAUUUAUUAUUAUGGUGUCGGGUCUCCUUUUGUGGCCAAUACAGAAUCAGUUCAUCUAAGGAAUGACAGUUCCUAACAGUGGCCAGAGGAAUUUUGAGCUUUUCCUGUUGUAUGUUGUAAUUAACUUGAUUCAGCCACAUACAUUUAUAUAUUUGUUAAUGUAAUUUAGCUCUUUAAUUUCAUAAUUGGUUUCUUUUUUUUUUUUUGGUGGAGGCUUUAAAUAAGACCUUUUAUGUUUGUUUUACCCUCUCCCUGCCCAGCAUAUGGGUUGUACUUUUUGUUUUUAUUGUAUAUAUUUUAUAUUUGUGCAAAUAAACUAAUGGAAAAAAGCGGCCCUUUGCAGAACAUUGGCCAGGUCACUACGUGAUGCUGGUGGAGGAAAACAUCAAA